AUGUCCUCCUCUCAACUUUUGCUGAUGGUUGAUGACCCCCAAUUGAACGCGACGUACGGAGGAGGGCAAUGGGGGACCGCCAGUUUUCUUCAGUGGUAUGGUGGUUCAAUCGUCUGGCCUCAAUUUGCCGAUAGCAGUACCGCGACCUUAACGGGGUCCCUUUUCUUGUCGUUUGAGGGGAUAGCGAUUGCUUUUGGGGGGAAUACGCCCAGCGUCUUUGCGGACUCGCAAAGGUUGACCGUCUCCAUUGAUGGCGCGUCUUCGUACAACACCUCGUACAAUGAUCCCACACCUCAAUCUUACGUGCAGUGGUAUCAGUCCCCGAUUUUGCCGGAGGGGACGCACAAUAUCACACUGACUCACAUGGCUGGUACAGCCCUGGACUACGCGGUCAUAACUGCUGGGCAGAAUACACCUCUAGCUGGAAAAACAGUCAUAGUCGACAACGAGGAUCCCUCUAUCAAGUUCACAGGAUCUUGGACACGCAAUACAGACCGAUUUCAUUCGGGAUCUCCGCCGGACGGCUAUCCCUUCCAUAACAGCACGCAUCAGAGCACUACGCCGGGGGAUAGUUUUAUUUUCCGAUUCUCGGGGACAUCUCUGAAUAUCUACGGAAUUCUGCAUUGGGCAAACCUCGGCACGGUCGCUGCGUCAUACACUCUCGAUGGUGCAGCAACAUCGCUAACCUAUUCCGUCACGACAUCGUCUUCCAAUCACCAAAACAACCUUAAUGACCAACACAAUUUCCUGCUAUACAGUAACACCAGCCUCACUGCGGGUGACCACACCCUCGUUGUUAACGUCACGAAAUGCGUUACUCAAACAUUCAUUUUUGAUUAUCUGACCUACCAACCCUCCUUUUCCACGUUAGCUACUAUGCCGAAUCUCACUUUACCCGCCUCUACCAAUGGAACAUCGCAUACCACCACAUCGACCCCCGUCGGAGCCAUAGUAGGCGGAGUUAUUGGAGGAUUGGCAUUGCUGUUUCUCUUGAUUGGAGGUUUCCUCUGGUUUCGGAAAAAGAAAGCUCAAGACGACCAAGAAGAAUCAAAUCAAAUCACAGCAUUCGCCGUGCCACGUAGCGAACAAGAAACUUUGGUCGCUGCCAAACCAGCAUCGUCAACGCAAAUAUCUCCACCUGAAUCAUCCUCCUCUACCGCUGGUUCAAGCGUGCUGCUGCAAUCGGGGCCACCACGCGUGGUGCACAAGAGUUCUCGAAGUCGUGGUGGGGAAACUGCUGAUGGCAGUACGAGCGGGGGAGGAUCCAUAACGACGGAGAUGAGGGAAGCACACCAGAACGUUGCGCCACCAGCUUAUGAAGAGUUGUAGUCUAUACUUGAGUAGCAUUUUCUGUAUUGUUAGUUUGCGUCUUGGUUUGAACCUGCUUUGAACUCCCUGGUUGUAUUGUAUAUGUACAGACUUACUAAUAUCACUAAUUUUCCUGU